GGCGGCGGCGGCGGCGGCGGCACCGAGCGAGCGGCGGGCCGCGCCUGGCCAUGAGGCACGAGGCGCCGGUGCAGAUGGCAUCUGCUCAGGAUUCCAGAUAUGGCCAGAAAGAUACAUCUGACCAGAACUUUGAUUACAUGUUCAAACUGCUCAUCAUUGGCAACAGCAGUGUUGGAAAAACAUCCUUUUUGUUCCGUUAUGCUGAUGAUUCCUUUACAUCUGCGUUUGUAAGCACGGUUGGGAUCGAUUUCAAAGUAAAAACAGUUUUCAAAAAUGAAAAAAGAAUUAAGCUACAGAUCUGGGACACAGCAGGUCAGGAGAGAUAUAGAACAAUUACGACGGCCUAUUACCGAGGUGCAAUGGGGUUCAUUUUAAUGUAUGACAUCACGAAUGAAGAAUCCUUCAAUGCUGUGCAGGACUGGUCAACUCAAAUCAAAACAUACUCUUGGGAUAAUGCCCAGGUUAUUUUGGUCGGUAACAAAUGUGACAUGGAGGAUGAGCGGGUAAUCUUCACUGAGAGAGGCAAACAUUUAGCAGAGCAACUUGGUUUUGAAUUUUUUGAAACGAGUGCCAAGGACAACAUUAACGUCAAGCAGACAUUUGAGCGACUUGUGGAUAUCAUCUGUGACAAAAUGUCGGAAAGUUUGGAGACAGAUCCCACCAUCACUGCGGGCAAGCAGAACACACGGCUAAAGGACACCCCGCCUCCACAGCAACCCAACUGUGGCUGUUAGUGCAGCCCUCAGCAAAGGCAGCUCCCGUCUGUUCUGUUGCCAACAGAGUAUUUAUGAAUGGUCUAUAUGCCUUUAUUUAUACUGUCCUAUUAAUUUAUUUGGGAGAAAAGUCUUUUAUUUUACAUCAGCAGCUGGCCAAGUAUGUGUAUGGAGAUGUUAUUAUUAGUUUGUGAGGAUGAUCCUUUUCUAGCAUCUGCCUUUUGCAUGCACGAUGGCUAUUAGUUUUUCUUUUCUUUCUGUUGUUUUACAUUACACUUACUUCAGCU